GUUUGAUCUCUUGUAUCAGCAAGGUGAGUCCGCAUCGGCUCUAAUCUCUCAAAUACUCGAUUUCGAACUACUUCCUGCUUUAUAGCUCAUAAAAAGGUUGCAGAAAUGUCAUUCUUUAGUGGCACCGCAGCGCAACCCUCAACAAAUGCCUUCGGCACCACGAACGCCCAGCAACAGCCUGGGCAGAUAACAAGUACCACAAACGCCCAGCAGCAGCCGGGGCAGACACUCGGUGCCCAAACCACAGGCAUCUUCGGCAACACGAACACCCAACAGCAGCCUGGACAGGCAACGGGUGGCAGCAUCUUCAGUAAUACCUCCACACAGCCAUCUACAUCCGGUACAACUCUCUUCGGACUGCCUAGUACAGCGACGAGCGCUACUGCAGGUGCGGGUAGCGGGAGCUUGUUUGGAAAUACCACGACGCCACAACAGCCUGCAGGUACUGGUUCGUCUGAGAAUACCAGCACUCAGCAACAGCAGCAACCUGCAGCUGCUUCAUCUGGGAAUACCAACACUCAGCAACAACAGCAACCUGCAGCUGGUGGUUUGUUUGGUAAUACCACAGCCAGUACAACCCAGCAGCCUGCCACGGGUGGUCUGUUUGGGAGUACGAACUUGAACACACAGACGCAACCCACAGGAACAAGUCUGUUUGGGAACACGUUGACUCAACCUACUGGGAACUUGUUUGGGACUACAGGUACCCAACAGCAGCAGCAACAACAGCAACCACAGCAAGGUGGGAGUCUCUUCGGAGGUACCACGACCCAGCAGCAGCAACCACAGAGUAGUAGUCUCUUCGGAGGUACUACGACCCAACAGCCCGCUACCGGUACUGGUGGGCUGUUUGGAACGUCGACUACUCAGCCAAGCACCAGUGGAAGCUUGUUUGGCGGUGCAAGUUCCCAAGCGCCAACGUCAGGAGGGAGCACUCAGCAGCAACAACAACCUGCAACCGGUAGUCUAUUUGGUAACACGACAACUACACAGCAGCCCGCCACGGGUAAUGUGUUUGGAAGUACGACCACUCAGACACAACCUACAGGAACAAGUCUGUUUGGUAAUACGACAACUCAACCUCAACCUGCUGGAAGCUUGUUCGGCAAUGCAGGCACCCAACAGCAGCAACCACAACAGGCUGGAGGUCUCUUCGGAGGUACCACGACUCAGCAGCAGCAACCACAGAGUGGUAGUCUCUUCGGAAGUGCUACGACCACACAGCCUGCUACCGGUACUGGUGGGCUGUUUGGAACGUCAACGACACAACCAAGCGCCGGCGGGAGUCUUUUUGGCGCUGCCAGUACGCAAGCGCCAACAUCGGGGGGGCUGUUUAGUAGCACGGCAACUCAAGCUCCAACUGCUGGGGGAGGCGUCUUUGGCAGUACAACAACGAGCUCAAACCCGUUGUUUGGGAAUAAAAAUCCAGCUAGUAUCUUUGGUACUGCGCCUGCGCCUUCCUCGACUACUCCAACUUUAUUCGGUCAAUCUCAAUCUGCGCAACCUAUUACUACCCCCUCGUUAUUCGGCCAGUCCCAGCAGAAACCAGCCGGCUCCCUAUUUGGCUCAGUGAAUCAGCCUGCGCCGGGUGCAGCUACUGGAGGGCUUUUUGGCAGUACGCUAGGUCUUCCGCUAUCCAAUUCACUUCUCGCAUCGCGAAGCACUGCACCUUCACAACAACAGGACCCUCAGUCACAAUAUGCAGCGCUUGAGCAGAAAAUUCAAGCAAUUGUACAGGCUUGGGAUCCUUCUUCGCAAGCAUGUCGCUUUCAGCAUUAUUUCUAUAAUCUCGUUCCACCGACCCAAGUCAACGCUUUCGGUAGACCUGCAAAUGCCACAAACGAGGCGCUUUGGCAACGCGCAGUGCACGAUAAUCCUGAUCCUAGUUGUAUGGUACCUGUUCUGGCAGUUGGCUUUGACGAUCUGCGUCAGCGCGUAGACGGGCAAAUGAAGCAAGCCACGGAACAGCAAAAAGCUUUAAUGGAACUAAAAAAACGCCUGGAAUCGUUGUCCGCAAGACAUAACGAUAGCAACGCAUCACGUUUGCAGCGCGCAAAGUUAAUUCAAUCACAAACUCAGCACCGCCUGCUGUGCCUCAUCCAGCACAUGCAUCUGAUGCUACCUACCGUCCGGUCUACGGCGAUACGUCCCGAAGAAGAGGCGCUGCGUCUAGCGCUAGAAGAGAUUGAAGAAGAAAUAAGAAGACCAGGUGGGAUGAGUAAGAUGCGGGGAAAGCUGAAUGAGCUGUGGGCGCUCGUAGGUGCUAUCAACGCUGCGCGCGAGAGAGGCAGAAGAGUGGGACUUGAUGGCACCUCUGAAUGGACAGUCGUUGAUGAGGAGGGCCUAAAGCAGAUCGCUCAGAUCUUGUCCAAUCAGCAAGCUGGUUUACAGCAUUUGACGAAGGUGUUGCAACGCGAUCUGAAGGACUUGGAGGUGAUAUAUGGAAGAGAGAGCUAAAUAGAAUCGUUCGAGCAUAUUGCUUUUGUUACUAUGAUGAUGAGCCUCACAUUAUUUUUGUAAUUGAAUAGAUAGAAUUGUAGGUAGACAACAAUCGAUCAUGAGCGUGCGAGUCGGCCA